CAGGAACCUGGGUUCGACAAUGUCUAAACUUGUCGUUGGUGUUGUUUUGGGGGCCCAUUUGUGCUUUUGUUUAUGGGCUGGGUUAGUGUGUUGUGUUGCUUGUUUCGCUGGAGUUUUUGGUGCCGUUGGAUCUGCCUUUGAAGAGUCUAGUUUGUGGCUGUUGAUUUAAGUAGUUGUUUCUUCCUUAGGGUGGUUUAUCAAAGAACGAAAGGGUGUUGUUGUUUUUCCUUUUAAUGUUGUUGUACUAAGGACUCUGGUUCUCAAGGGGAACUCUUCCUCUGGUUGAAUCGUGUUUCCACUUAUCUUGUUGUUAAUUAUUGGAGUUCAGUUGCAAGAGAGUGUUAUUUCUUGCUGGUCAUAUUUCUCUUUGUGAGUGUGGAGUUCCAGGUUCCUUACAAGUGGUAUCAGAGGCCGUUCCUCCUUUACGAGAAUGGUUAACAACGCACAGUUAGAGCAACAACUGCUGGCCCUUCAAGCCAAGUAUGAUGACCAGGCUGCGCAGCUACAAGUCCAGUUGCAGGAGAGAGAUUUGCGGCACCAACAAACUUUAGCGGAGAUCAUGAAUCGAUUGGAUGUACGUGAUUCCUCAGGUGCCUCAUCUGUUGCCCAGAGUUCAGCGCAGGGCCGACAACCCUACAUGGAAGACAGACCGCGAGCGCCGCGAAUUGAUUUUCCCCGAUUUUCCGGUGAGGAUCCAGAGACUUGGAUCUAUAAAUCCCAGCAAUAUUUUGAUUACUAUCAAGUACCCAUUACCAAGCAAGUCACUACGGCCAAGUUCUACCUUGAGGGUAAGGCUUUGGUUUGGUUUCGAGAGGUGGAGCAAACGGGUCAGAUCACUUCUUUUGAAAGUUUGGUCACAGCAGUGAAAUCCAGGUUUGGGACCACUCCUCUAGUAAGUCCAAUGGUGGAUCUAAUGCGCCUGAGACAGGAGCAUACAGUGGAGGUGUAUAAGGAGAAGUUUGAGGAGAUCAUUUUGAAGGUACAAGAUCUUUCUGAGCGUCAUAAGCUCAGUUGUUUCAUCGGAGGUCUUAAGGAAGAGAUUAGACUUUCAGUGCAAAUGCUCAAGCCCCAAUCCUCGAAUGAAGCUUAUGAACUUGCAAGGAUGCAGCAGGAAAUUUUGGCUGUGAGGAAGUCAAAUAAGUCGAAUGCUCCCGGGGCUACUCCAGCGAAACUGGAUCCGGGUGGGGGGCAGCAAGAUAAAACGGAGUCAAGCCCAGGAGGAAAUAUGCGAAGGAGUGGAGGUAACAACAUUAACUCACUGCCUGUCCAGAAAAUCACUCCUCAACAAAUGAAGGAGAAAAGGGAAAAGGGUCUCUGCUUCCAUUGUGACCAGAAAUGGGUACCAGGGCAUAAAUGUUCCAGUCCGAAGUUGUUCUUUAUUGAAAUGGAGGAGCCAACAAAUAGGGAGUCAAUUGAAGUUCAAGAAGAUGUAGUGGGAGAGUUGGUAGGGGAAACCAUUGAACCUAAACUCAUGAAGAUUCAGUUCGAGCCAACCGUGACUUUACAAGCUAUUAGAGGAGAUACCAGCCCAGAGACGAUGAGGGUGGUAGGUUAUGUGGGUAGCAUGCCGUUGACAAUAUUGGUGGAUAGUGGAGCCACCCACAAUUUUGUGGAUGCAACCAUUGCGACUCAAUUGGAAUUACCAGUGAAGUCAAUAGGACCCACACCGGUAAAGGUGGCAAAUGGUGAGAAGCUACAGUGUUGCGGGUUGAUUGAAAGACUAGUGGUGAGGUGUCAAGGCACCAAUUUUCCAGUUUCAUGUUACAUUGUUCCUCUGGGUGGCUGUGACUUAGUUUUGGGAAUAGAGUGGCUACAAGAGUUGGGGAAUAUUUGCUGGAAUUUCCAAGAACUGACGAUGGCUUUCAUUUGGCAAGGGAAGCAGUGUGAUUUGAGGGGUUUGCACAGCCAAAAAGAAGCUGUUAGCUCUAUGCAGCUUAUGGAAAAAUGGAGGCCAAGGGGGAAACACGGGAUCUGGUUGCAGAUGCUUGACUCUAAGAUGGCCAUUCAACAGGUUGGUCAACAGACCAUGCCCAUGACAAUCAAGGGGGUUAUAGAUGAUUUUUCUGGGGUAUUUAGUGAGCACAAGGGGCUGCCACCGUCCAGGUUUCAUGUGCAUCGUAUUUUGCUCAAGGAGGGGACACUUCCUGUUAACCUCAGACCUUAUCGGUAUCCCCAUUUCCAGAAGUCUGAAAUAGAAAAGAUUGUGAAAGAGUUAUUGUUGGCAGGGGUUAUUAGACCGAGUGUUAGUCCUUUUUCUAGUCCGGUUCUUUUGGUUCGGAAGGCGGAUGAGUCAUGGCGGAUGUGUAUUGAUUACAGAGCACUAAACAAGGCUACGGUCAAGGAUAAAUUUCCAAUUCCCAUUAUUGAGGAACUUUUGGAUGAACUUUAUGGGGCAGCCAUCUUCUCCAAGUUAGACUUACGGUCCGGUUAUCAUCAGAUUCUUAUGGCUGAGGAGGACAUUGAAAAAACAGCGUUCCGAACUCAUCAUGGACACUAUGAAUUUUUGGUCAUGCCUUUCGGGUUGACCAAUGCUCCUUCUACUUUUCAGAGUCUGAUGAAUAAGGUUUUUGAGCCUUAUUUACGACGAUUCAUCCUAGUUUUCUUUGAUGAUAUACUCGUUUAUAGCAAAAAUAUGGGUGAGCAUGUGGAGCAUUUGAAGUUAGCUUUGGAAGUUUUGAAGGAUCAUCAAUUAUACGCCAAAUUUUCAAAGUGCAGUUUUGCAGCUCCGGAAGUAGUCUAUUUGGGGCAUGUAGUCACAGCCGAGGGUGUCAAGGCUGAUCCAAAGAAAUUGGAGGCGAUGCUUGAUUGGCCGAGGCCUACCACCGUGAAAGGUUUGAGGGGUUUCCUCGGCCUUACCGGGUAUUACCGUAAAUUUAUAAAAAAUUAUGCUCAAUCAGCAGCCCCUCUCCAUAGUUUGCUGCAGAAAGAUGGUUUUUUAUGGGAUGAAAAAACCGACCUUGCAUUUCAGAAAAUGAAGGCAGUGGUAACUAACCCACCUGUUCUGUCUCUACCCGAUUUCAAUUCUCCUUUCGUCAUUGAGUGUGAUGCAUCCGGAGUGGGGGUUGGUGCUGUAUUACUACAAGCUGGUCAUCCGAUAUCCUUCUUUAGUGCGGCUUUGAAGGGAAAGGCACUACACUUAUCGGCAUAUGAAAAAGAAUUUUUAGCACUGGUCCAGGCAGUCCAGAAGUGGAGACCAUACCUCCUUGGCCAUCAUUUUACUGUCCGAACUGACCAUUUUAGUCUCAAAUAUUUAUUGGAACAGUCCAUUGGCACACCCUUCCAACAAAAGUGGAUGGUGAAAUUAUUGGGCUAUGAUUUCUCUAUCGAUUAUAAGAGGGGAUCAACAAACGCUGUGGCUGAUGCUUUGUCUCGGAAAUAUGAGGAGUUGGGUGGCAAGGGUGCAACAACGGCGGUGCUGAGUGAUGAGGAUUUAGGGGCAGCAACUAUUCCUGGUACAGAAAAUUCGGGCAUAGUUGGUGAGUGUGGAGCUGUUGUUGGUGCUGAUGGCCGAGCUGGGGCUAGGAAAUUAUGUGCUGAAAGUGAUACUGGCAGCAAUCUGGAAAUUGUUAAUAGUCAUGGAAAUUCGUCAGUUACCACUGCUAUGGCUUUCAUGGCUCUCUCAAUUCCUACUACAGAUUUUUUGGAUAAAGUUAAGGCGUCUUAUACUCAUGAUGGGGAGAUUGGGAAGAUUAUGGGGGAGUUUGCAGCGGGAGUUUCACGGUAUAAAAAUUUUUCCUUGCGGGAGGGACUAGUGUAUUACAAAACAAGGAGAAUAUGUCUGGGUCACGACCAGGAAGUGAUCAAAUUAUUGCUCUACCAUGUCCAUGAUUCACCCACUGCGGGACAUAAGGGUUUCUCUAAGACUUAUCAUCGAAUUAAGAGGGAUUUUUUUUGGAAGGGGAUGAAGACAACUAUCAAGAAUUAUGUGAAAGAGUGUGAGAUUUGUCAACAGACUAAGUACUUGAAUACACACCCUCCAGGGUUUUUACAACCGCUACCUAUCCCUCAAGUUAUAUGGGAAGAGGUUAGUAUGGAUUUUAUUGAGGGUUUACCUCACUCCUUUGGUCGGUCCGUCAUUAUGGUGGUUGUGGACCGGUUGUCCAAGUAUGGUCAUUUCAUGGCUCUCAGUCAUCCUUUUACAGCGACGGGGGUGGCUCAAGUUUAUUUUGAUCAUGUGUUUAAACUUCAUGGUCUACCAAAGAAGAUUGUGUCGGACAGGGAUCCUAUUUUUACAAGUACAUUUUGGAAGACACUUUGGAAGUUACAGGGAACGGAGUUAUGUAUGUCUACGGCAUAUCACCCGGAAUCAGAUGGUCAAACUGAGUCUGUCAACAAAAGUGUAGAGCAAUACCUUAGGUGUUAUGCGGGUGGGGAUCCUAAAAGUUGGUAUAAGUGGUUGACCUUGGCAGAGUUUUGUUAUAAUACUAGUAAUCACUCUAGUACUCAAUUGUCUCCUUUUGAAGUGGUGUACGGCAUCUCACCACCCACUCUUCUAAGUUAUGUUCCUGGAACUACUCUGGUGGACAGUGUAGACAACCAUUUGAAGGCUCGGGAGGAGGUGUUGUUGACCCUUAAGCAUCAAUUGAAGAAGAGUCAAAACUCACAAAAGAGAUUUGCUGACAGGAAGAGGAAGCAUAUGGAGUUUGAGGUGGGGGACCUUGUUUAUUUGAAACUACAACCAUAUCGCCAAAUAUCGGUUGUCCAGAGGAGGAAUCUCAAGUUAGCUCCCAGGUAUUAUGGGCCUUAUAGAAUUUUGGAGAAAAUUGGGAGUGUAGCUUACAAGUUGCAGCUGCCACCUACGUCUAAGAUACACCCGGUUUUCCAUGUGUCACAGCUGAAGAAACACUUAGGUGCAGCUGUCUCAGCAACUACCCAUUUACCGGUUGUUUCUACAGAUGGGGAAAUGUUGCCUAUGCCAGCAGUAGUGCUAGACAGGAGAUUGAUCAAAAAGGGACAUCAUGCAGCGGCUGAGUUGUUAAUUCAGUGGGAGGGGCAGACGUAUAUGGAUGCUACUUGGAUACCCUAUCCAGAGCUGCUGUCUAAAUAUCCUGACCUUGUGGGCAAGGUCUUUUGAUGGGGAGGGACUUGUCAGGAACCUGGGUUCGACAAUGUCUAAACUUGUCGUUGGUGUUGUUUUGGGGGCCCAUUUGUGCUUUUGUUUAUGGGCUGGGUUAGUGUGUUGUGUUGCUUGUUUCGCUGAAGUUUUUGGUGCCGUUGGAUCUGCCUUUGAAGAGUCCAGUUUGUGGUUGUUGAUAUAAGUAGUUGUUUCUUCCUUAGGGUGGUUUAUCAAAGAACGAAAGGGUGUUGUUGUUUUUCCUUUUAAUGUUGUUGUACUAAGGACUCUGGUUCUCAAGGGGAACUCUUCCUCUGGUUGAAUCGUGUUUCCACUUAUCUUGUUGUUAAUUAUUGGAGUUCAGUUGCAAGAGAGUGUUAUUUCUUGCUGGUCA